AUGCGCUCCGAAGACUCGUGGGUUGAAAUCUCAUCACGAGCCUCAUCGGCCUCCUUAUCAUCCACCAACAACGAUAUCAUCACUACCGGACUACAGCUCCGGUCUCAAGACGAGCGGCUUUCGCGUCAAUUCCAAACCUCCCCGCACAUCGCUCAUGCUCAGCCGCGGUCUACAAGUACCGCUGGAAGUAGUCAGGAUGAAUAUGAAGAGAGCGAGAGUGAGAGUGAUCAGGCUCUCAGCAGCUCCAAUGAGGACAUCUAUCGAGGCCAUACAACUGAGGAUGACGACACUUCUACAGCACUUGGUGUUGGCAGUCUAGACAAGGUGUUCACGCCUCAGCCGAAUGCAUUUUCGCACCCUCCUUCGUCCCACACUUGCACUGUGCCAGAUUCAUAUUUUCCUCCGGCCGCGGCAGCGGCGUCUGAGCCACUUGCUGAUCGCACGCUCACUCAACGCAGCUAUCAGCGUCAAAUGCAAUCAAGGAAUCGUCCUGCUUCGUCGUCAUCAUAUCAGCCGGACCAUGAUGCGGCGUUGCGAGCAUCCUUGACAACUCUGCUCUCUUGUGCCGCUGCAGUUCGGCCCAAAGGCGUUGAGGUCAGAACACCCCAGCAACGAACAUCGACGCAACCGACAACUCUGCGGCUUGUCCCGGAAUCAGAGCUCGAGAGUCCACCUCGACCGAGACGCACUUCUUCCCCCAACAAACAGACCAAGCGCAAAUCACGCGAGUCGAGCAAAGAUCGACACGCCGCAAAGAAGGUCCGAGCUGCGAGCGCCAAAGCGACCGCGCCCGCGACUGGCGAAGAAUUAAUCAGUCCAACUCUUGCUUCAUGGAUGAUUUCAGCGGGUGUAGUGCUCGUGUUCUCAGCCAUCAGUUUCAGUGCGGGAUACGCUUGGGGGCGUGAAGUUGGAAGGAUUGAGGGCGAGAUGGGUCUCCCGGGUGGGAGCUGUGGACAAGAGUCCAUAAGGUCGAGCGGAAACGGUCUGAGAAGAUUGAGAUGGAGUUCGGCCGCGCGCAGUAUACGUGCCUAA